AUGGCAGCGUCCCUGAUCUGCGGCCGCUUGUCCGCCGGACUGAAGAGUUCUGGGUCCCGGACGUCUUUGGGUUCGGCCGCUAAGGUCCUUGCUGGGACCUCAGGGUUGUUCGGUAACCAUGGCAACCAGCUGUCUCCGCAGGCAACGUUGCAGCAGCAGAGGAACCUGUCCCUGCACGAGUAUAUGAGCAUCGGCCUGCUGAGAGAGGCGGGCAUCUCGGUGCCCGCCGGUACGGUGGCCAGUACACCAGAGGAGGCCUACGCUGCCGCCAAGCAGCUCGGCUCUAAAGACCUGGUAGUGAAAGCACAGGUGCUGGCUGGAGGCCGAGGCAAAGGAACAUUUGAGGGAGGCUUGAAAGGAGGAGUCAAAAUCGUCUACUCGCCAGAGGAAGCGAGGGAUAUCUCCUCGCAGAUGAUUGGCAGAAAGCUGUACACUAAGCAGACAGGCGAGGCAGGGCGGAUCUGUAACCAGGUGUUUAUCUGUGAGCGCCGGUAUCCCCGCCGGGAGUAUUACUUUGCCAUCACCAUGGAGAGGUCCUACCAGGGCCCAGUGCUGAUUGGCAGCUCUCAGGGAGGUGUGAACAUUGAGGAUGUGGCGGCAGAGAACCCAGAUGCCAUUGUGAAAGAGCCUAUUGACAUCGUAGAGGGCAUUAAAAAGGAUCAAGCAGUAAAUGUAGCCAAGAAGAUGGGUUUCCCUGAUUCUUUGGUAAAUGAAGCAGCAGAAAUGAUGAUGAAACUCUAUGAUGUUUUCAUCAAAUAUGACGCUUCUAUGGUGGAGAUCAACCCUAUGGUGGAAGACUCCUCUGGCGUUGUAAUGUGCAUGGAUGCCAAGAUCAACUUUGACUCCAACGCUGCAUACAGACAGCAGAAAGUGUUCAGCAUGCGGGACUGGAGUCAGGAGGACACCAGAGACAGACAAGCGGCUAAAGCUGACCUUAACUACAUUGGUCUGGACGGCACUAUAGGCUGCCUGGUCAAUGGAGCUGGUCUUGCAAUGGCAACCAUGGACAUCAUCAAACUCCAUGGUGGAACUCCUGCCAACUUUCUUGAUGUUGGUGGCGGAGCCACAGCGCAUCAGGUGACAGAAGCUUUCAAGCUCAUCACAUCAGACAGAAAGGUCCAGGCCAUUCUGGUGAACAUCUUUGGUGGGAUUAUGAGAUGUGAUGUCAUCGCUCAGGGCAUCAUCAUGGCUGUCUCUGACCUGGACCUGAAAAUCCCCAUUGUAGUGCGGUUACAAGGAACGAGAGUGGACGAUGCCAAGGCACUGAUCGCUGCCAGUCCUCUGAAGAUUCUGGCGUGCGAUGACUUGGACGAGGCAGCUAAGAUGGUUGUAAAGCUUUCUGAAAUUGUGUCGUUGGCCAAAGAGGCCCAAGUGGACGUGAAGUUCCAGCUGCCCAUAUAAAGAUGCCCUAAAACUACGCCCACACACCACACCUUUCUUCACGGCUCAGACCAUGAACUGUUCAAACCAUAAACUGCUCUUCUAGCUGCCGAGUCUCAUAUCACCCAUACGCUGCAUCCAGUCUUCUGUCUGCAGUUUGUUUUUGAACCUCAUCCCUGUGGUCAUCGCUGCCCUCUUUUGUGUUUCAUCAGUGCUUCCAGAAUGUAAAGACACACUUACAUGUCUGAUUUUUACUGCUUCAGUCCCUGCAGAUCAACAACGCCUCCUCUGUGCCCCCCAAUUUGUACAAUCCUGUUCUAAUCCAGUGUAACCCAGACUCAGAUUAAGCAGGUUGUCUUGGUUGCACUGAUUAGAUCAGGUCAGUGUUACUACCUGUUCUUCGCCCUCGGUUAUUUUGUUUUUGAUGUUUAUUUCCUCAUUUUAUUAAGAGAUUGACCUAUUUAUGUGGGACUGUAUUUAUAUUGAGGAAUCGUACAUUGGGGUGAAGCUUGCAGGAAGUCAUGUAUGUUUGACGCAGGUCCUCUCUCUUGCCACAGACAUGUGCACAUACACUGUCUCAUUAAAAACCCUUCCCUCUUUUUUCUCCUGCCUUUGUAGCGCCUUGGAGGCUCUUUGCUUCAGUCAGUGUUUCCAAAGAGCACGGCACUAUUUCCCACCUUGAUAAACGCACAAAUACCUUGGGGAAUCUGUGUAAACCUUAAUUGUAUUGUGUUCUCUUGGCUAUAUAUGGGAAGUACUGGUUAGCAAGAGGGAGUAAAUAAUAAAAUGUUCAGUUAUGAU